AUGCGGUACUUUGCUCCCCAAAUCAUCUGUGCCAUGAUUGGCUUUGGCCUGCUGGGCUCGGCCAAGGGAUUGGAUGAAGGGCUCAUUGCCACCACCGUGGAUCUCCCCUCCUUUAUCCGGGAAUUCGGGCUCCAUGCCGGUGAUUUGAGUGCAGCAGAGCAAGCCAACCGGUUGUCAAACAUUACGUCAAUGGUGAACCUUGGCUGUCUGCCCGGGGCGGUUCUAGCUUUUCUUCUGAGCGAUAGCAUCAGUCCACUAAGGACGAUGCGACAAUUAUGCUUGCUGUGGAUUGUGGGCGUGGUGCUGGUGAUUUCAUCCGCGGGUAACUAUGGACAGCUCAUUGCUGGCCGCUUCAUUGUGGGAUUAGGAAUUGGCCAGGCGGGCAUCAUCGGUCCCAUCUAUCUCGCCGAAACUUCACCCACCGCGUGGAGGGGAUUGUUGGUAGGCAUAUAUGCUUCUUCGGAGUAUGUGGGUGUUUUAAUUGGAUAUUUUGCCGGCUAUGGCGCAUCACUUCAUAUGUCUAACGCUAACAAUCGGCAAUGGAUCAUUCCUCAAUCAAGUCAGAUCAUGAUGGCCGGGCUCAUACUGAUUGUUUCCUUGGGUUGUGUUGAAAGUCCACGUUACCUGUGCCAAAAGCAGCGCAACGCCGAGGCUAUGCGAGCCCUGAGUCGCCUGCGGACACUCCCCGAAGACAGCCCGGAGAUUCAGGACGAAUUCCAGUCUAUGCGGCGCCAGACAUCGUCCAAUUCGGAUAAGAAACGCGGUCGGUCGCUUCUCACCUCAUGGAAGCUUCUCUUUGGUGAUACGGUUAACCGCAAACGACUCCUGUUCCUUCUCUCUGCUCAGCUCCUCAGUCAAUGGUCCGGCACCAACGCAAUCACAAGCAUGUCUCCCUUCCAUUCCAUCUCCUACGCUCCCAAAUUCUUCGCCCUUCUCGGCAUGACUGGUUCCUCCGAAAAGCUCUUCAAGACCGCGAUUUUCGGCGCCGUCAAACUCGCGUCGGCAUUGCUCUGCGCUGUUCUCUUUCUCGAUCGCUUCGGUCGCAAACGCUGCCUGAUGCUCGGAAUCACAUUGCAGGUCCUAGCCUUGCUAUACAUGGCCAUAUACUUCACUGCUUUGCCGACAGGAUCAAAUGAAAGUCCCUCCGCCCACCGCGCAGCCAUCGCAGCCAUCGCCGCAACCUACAUUACAGGCGUCGGGUACGCCUUUGGCUGGAACUCGAUUCAGUAUCUGAUCAACGCAGAGAUCCUACCCACGGCGGUGCGCACGCUGGGCACGAGCCUGCUGAUGUGUGUGCACUAUGCCAAUCGAUUCGCGCUAACCAAGGCUGUCCCGACGAUGAUGCUCGCAGAUGCACUGCAGCCCAAAGGAACGUUUUGGUUCUUCUUCGUCGUAGCAUUGCUGGGCUUUGGGUGGGGGUUGGUCCUCUUGCCAGAGACGUCGGGUAGGAAGUUGGAGGAAACGAGUCGGUUGAUCUCUUGA